CAAUUAAUUCUCUCUCCUUCUUCAAAGACCCACAACAUUUUUCUUCUUUCUUUCACGUAAUUCCUUCUUCUGUUCUUUCUCUUUCACGUGCAUCCCUUUCCUCCUCUUUUCUUUUCUCUCAAACACCAGCCACCACCACCUAAUCCACGUUGUUGAUGCGCCACCUCCUUGCCGCGCCACCGCCGUCCACCGCCCGCACUAGCCGUCGUUGUUUCCCAGUCAGGUCGGCACCCUUCUUCCUCCCUCUCGUUCUUUCCAUCUCUUUUUCCUCCUCUUUACUCCCUGCGCAAGUCAGCCACCACCACCACCAGCGCACGCCACCACCUCUGCGCCACCCGCCGCACCGUGCCACCAGCCGUCGACCGCCCUGCUGCUGCGCCUCCCUGCCCGCCGGCCAGCACUUCUCCCCCUCUUUUUUUUGGUGGAGAAUUAGCUAUAGGCGACUUUUGAGAUUGUGAAAGUGGCCUCCCAAUUUGUUUACACAAGUUGCGCACACCCGCCCAGAAAUACCAGAGGAGAUUCUCACUUUCGCAGUUCCGAAGGUUUUUGAUUCACGCAAGUUUUCCGUACAAUCAUGGGGUUAACUCGUGAUUCUAAACAAGACCAUAAGAUGGACAAGGAAUUUCUGGCAAGCCCAAUAAAAUCAACGGUUGAUAAAUUUCAACUCAUUCCUGAGUUUUUGAAGAUGAGAGGGUUAGUGAAGGAACAUUUGGAUUCUUACAAUUACUUUUUGAAUAUCGGGAUGAAGAAGAUGGUUCGAGUUAACAAUGAAAUUCGGUCAUCUGUUGACCGUGGUAUCUAUCUCAAGUUUAUUGAUAUAAAAGUUGGUGAACCAUCUGUUGUGUUGGACGGUGUCGCUGAGAAGAUCAACCCUCAGUCGUGCAGACUAUCAUCUAUGACGUAUGCAGCACCUAUAGAAGCUCAUAUAGAGUAUGUCACUGAAAGUGCUGGUCAAAAGGAAUUACGUACUAAGAAAGAUGUAAUUAUAGGAAAAAUGCCUAUCAUGUUACGAAGUGAUCGCUGUGUGUUAUAUGGGAAGGAUGAGACAGAGCUAGCCAAACUUGGUGAAUGCCCCCUUGAUCCUGGAGGGUAUUUUGUCGUGAAAGGAAAUGAAAAGGUGAUUCAGAUUCAAGAGCAACUGUUGAAUAACAGAAUAAUCAUAGAAGUUGAUAAGAAGGGAAAUUUGGUUGCAUCUGUCACAUGCAGUGCUGCAACAUUAAGGACCAAAAGUAUCAUAGUGAUGGAAAAAGAGAAAAUAUAUCUACAACUCAAUUCAUUUCAGACUAAGGUUCCCAUUAUGGUGGUGAUGAAGGCAAUGGGUAUGCAGAGUGACCAAGAAGUUGUGCAAAUGAUUGGACGAGAUCCACGCUACAGUUCUUUACUCUUGCCUUCUAUUGAGGAAUGUGCAACUCUUGGUGUGCACUCAAAACAACAGGCGCUUGAAUUUCUAGAUAACAAGGUAAAAAAAUCACAAUUUGCAAGUGCUCAACCUGAAAAGGAAGAUAGAGCUUUGCCAAUACUGCGUGAUGUAUUUCUUGCGCAUGUUCCGGUGCGUGAGAACAACUUUCGUGCCAAGUGUAUAUAUGCUGCUGUGAUGUUGAGGCGCUUGUUGGAGGCAUUCUUAAAUAAAGCUGCAGUAGAUGACAAGGAUUAUGUGGGAAACAAGCGGUUUGAACUCUCUGGACAGUUACUCUCACUCCUUUUUGAGGACUUGUUCAAGACGAUGAUCACUGAAGUCAAAAGAAAGGUGGAUGCUAUAUUAAUUAAAAAAAGUCGAUCUAGCAGAUUCGAUUUUUCUCAGCACAUAAUUGCCGAUACUAUUAGCUUUGGUUUAGAAAGAGCUCUUUCAACUGGCAACUGGUUAAUCAAACGUUUCAAGGUGGACAGGAAAGGUGUAACACAGGUACUUGGCAGGCUUUCUUACAUUCAAGCAUUGGGCUUUCUUACAAAAAUUCAACCCCAGUUUGAGAAAUCGAGGAAAGUUAGUGGACCCAGAGCUUUGCAACCUAGCCAGUGGGGAAUGCUUUGCCCAUGUGAUACACCAGAAGGUGAAUCUUGUGGAUUGGUAAAGAACUUGGCACUGAUGACUCAUGUUACUACCGAUGAGGAGGAAGGCCCAUUAAUAUCUUUGUGUUACUGUCUGGGUGUUGAGGAUCUGGAACUACUCUCUGGAGAAGAACUGCACUCGCCAAAUUCAUUCCUUGUGAUUUUUAACGGGCUCAUUCUUGGCAAGCACAGAAUGCCACAGCAUUUUGCCACUUCGCUGAGAAGAUUGCGGAGAUCUGGAAAGAUUGGCGAGUUUGUCAGUGUGUUCGUGAAUGAGAAGCAGCGUUGUGUGUAUAUUGCAUCUGAUGGAGGUCGUGUCUGCCGCCCUCUUGUAAUCGCUGAUAAAGGUGUAUCAAGGAUCAAACAACAUCAUAUGAAGGAGUUACAAGAUGGAGUGCGCACCUUUGAUGACUUUUUGCGUGAGGGUUUGAUUGAGUAUCUUGAUGUUAAUGAGGAAAACAAUGCCCUGAUCGCAUUGUACGAAGACCAAGCCCAACUGCAGACAACUCACAUCGAAAUUGAGCCUUUUACAAUCUUGGGUGUUAUUUCUGGCUUAAUCCCUUUUCCCCAUCACAACCAGUCACCUCGAAAUACUUAUCAGUGUGCGAUGGGAAAGCAAGCCAUGGGGAAUAUUGCUUAUAAUCAGCUUUUCCGCAUGGACACAUUACUGUAUCUCUUAGUAUAUCCUCAAAGGCCUCUGCUGACGACAAAAACAAUCGAAUUGGUGAAGUACGACAAGCUUGGUGCUGGGCAGAAUGCAACGGUUGCUGUAAUGAGCUAUAGUGGAUACGAUAUAGAGGAUGCUAUAGUCAUGAAUAAAUCAUCAUUAGACCGUGGUUUUGGACGUUGUAUAGUGAUGAAGAAGAAGAAUGCAAUCAUGCAGAGGUAUGAGAAUAAUGCAUCUGAAAGAAUAGUUCCACCAAUAAGAGAAGGAUUUUCUGCAGAAAGAAUGCAGGCAUUGGAUGACGAUGGUAUCGCUGCUCCAGGGCAAAUUAUUCGACAAGAUGACUUCUUAGUUAACAAGCACACACCAACGGUUACGAGGGGACCAAUCCCAUCAGAGAGUCAAUAUAGGCCUACGCCUUUCAAACUAAGUGGUCUUGCUGGAGAUAAUUCAGUGAUAGAUCGAGUGGCACUCUUCUCUGACAAGAAUAGUAAUCUGUGUAUAAAUUUCAUAAUUCGCCAAACUCGUCGUCCAGAGGUUGGCGACAAGUUUAGCAGCAGACAUGGGCAGAAAGGUGUAUGUGGUACCAUUGUUCAGCAGGAGGAUUUCGUUUUCUCUGAGCGUGGCAUUUGUCCAGAUCUGAUUAUGAAUCCUCAUGGGUUUCCAAGUCGAAUGACUGUGGGGAAGAUGAUCGAGCUUCUGGGAGGUAAAGCUGGAGUUUCAUGUGGCAGAUUCCAUUAUGGAAGUGCCUUUGGAGAACCAAGUGGCCAUGCCGACAAAGUUGAAGAUAUAAGUGAGACCUUGGUGAAGCAUGGAUUCAGCUACAAUGGCAAAGAUUUCCUUUAUUCAGGCAUAACUGGAGAACCACUUCAAGCAUAUAUAUUCAUGGGGCCAAUUUACUACCAGAAAUUAAAACACAUGGUCUUGGAUAAAAUGCAUGCACGAGGCUUCGGUCCUCGUGCUAUCUUAACUAGGCAGCCAACUGAGGGGAAGGCUAGAAAUGGAGGAUUAAGGGUUGGUGAAAUGGAGCGUGAUUGUUUGAUAGCUUAUGGUGCUAGCAAUUUGAUUUAUGAACGCUUGAUGAUCUCAAGUGACCCCUUUCAAGUUCAGGUUUGUAGAUUAUGCGGAUUGUUGGGGUACUACAACCAUAAACUGAAGGCUGGUAUUUGUAGUUCUUGUAAAAAUGGGGAUAAUAUAUCUACCAUGAAAUUGCCGUAUGCUUGCAAGCUCUUGUUUCAGGAACUCCAGUCAAUGAACAUUGUUCCUCGUUUGAAGUUGGCUGAUGUUUGAUUCAUUUAGUGUUUAUGAAAAGGCUUGUUGUUUGAGAUGCAACAUCGUGAUGAUAUUGACAAGGCAUUUAGGCAUAUUUCCACCAGAUAAUUGUGCGGGUUUUAAUGGACAAAAGAAACGUAACAAAGUGCAGGAAAAUGGUGGAUAUUAUGGAAUGGUGUUUGAAUGUUGACCUAGGUCAUCAAUCUUGGGAAUUGGGGAGCCAUUUUUGAAGAUCAAAUGAUGCCUGCUCAUGAGAGUAAAGAGAGCAAGGACUCAAGUAACACAACGGCUCCUGUUUGCUACUACGUGUUACUUGGGGGUUGGUGCGUUCGUGUUGGACAGGGUUGAGUAGACUAUUUUUUUUUUUACCAAUGACCGUAUGAUAGUUUGUGGAAACGGAUUUUGAAGUAAUUGUACAUGUAUACUAGUUUGUGCCCAUUGCUAAUGCACGGAUAUUUAUAAAAUUAAAAAGCUAAUAAAAAAAAGCAGUAAUUUUAGUUUCUUCUUUAUCA